AUUCAGAGGCGCCGAAGACCGGGGCUCGCGGGGAACGAGGCCGCCGGGGAGGCUGAGCCCAAGCAGGGCUUACCUGGGCCGAGACCAAGGCCAACCCCGGCUGGGUCCUUGGCUGGGAAGGAGGGAGGGAGGGAGAUCUCCCCGCGCCACGCCGCUUUCUCCCGCGGGAGAGCCUGGGCGCGUGGGCGGGGGAAUACCUGCUGGGUCCUGCGUCCCGAUCGCCUCUCGACAACUUCCCGGCAGCAAAGGCAGGCGUUUCUUCCCUUCCUCCCAAUCCGGCACUGUUGCACCAAGGGAGCAGGUACCGUAAUUCAAGUGAGAAAAUCCUGUGUUGAAACAACAUAGGAUAUUUUGCUUGACGCCUACUCCUUGGACAAGAUUUGAAGCAUGUAAGCAAGACAGUGUGGUUGCCCUCUCCUGAUAAAUGUAAACUAUUUAUGAGGAAUCAAAGAUGAAUUUGGAGCAGGAGAGGCCUUUUGUCUGCAAUGCCCCGGGCUGCUCACAGCGUUUUCCGACAGAAGAUCAUCUGAUGAUUCACAGGCACAAACAUGAAAUGACUUUGAAGUUUCCUUCCUUGAAAACAGAUAACAUGCUAUCAGACCAAACUCCGACACCAACCCGAUUCCUAAAGAACUGUGAGGAAGUGGGCCUCUUCAACGAUAUAGACUGCUCCUUAGAGCAUGAGUUUAGAAAGGCACAAGAAGAAGAGAACAAUAAAAGGAAUAUUUCAAUGCAUAACUCUGUUGGAGGAGCUAUGGCAGCCCCUGGGGCACAUCAGCUCUCAAAUCCAAGGAUGCCAAACCAUGACACCAGCAUUGUGAUUCAGCAAGCCAUGCCGUCCCCCCAGUCGAGUUCAGUCAUCACGCAAGCACCUUCCACAAAUCGGCAGAUUGGGCCUGUCCCAGGCUCACUAUCAUCACUACUGCACCUGCACAACCGACAACGACAGCCCAUGCCUGCGUCUAUGCCUGGGACUCUACCGAAUCCCACCAUGCCUGGAUCCUCUGCAGUGUUGAUGCCAAUGGAACGUCAAAUGUCAAUGAACUCCAAUAUCAUGGGAAUGCAAGGCCCAAACCUCAAUAAUCCCUGUGCUUCACCACAAGUCCCUCAAAUGCACUCUGAAGCCAAAAUGAGGUUGAAGGCAGCAUUGACUCAUCAUCCUGCAGGCAUGUCAAAUGGAAAUAUGAACACCAUGAGCCAUAUGAUGGAAAUGAUGAACUCCCGACAGGACCAGACUACCCACCACCACAUGCACUCACAUCCGCAUCAGCAUCAAACGCUUCCACCUCAUCAUCCGUACUCACACCAGCAUCAACAUCCAGCACACCAUUCUCACCCUCAAGCACAUCACCAGCAAAACCAUCCACACCACCACUCUCACUCACACCUGCAUGCGCAUCCAGCACAUCAUCAGACCUCGCCACAUCCGCCACUGCACACAAGUGGGCAAGCACAGGUAUCAGCAGCGGCCCAACAAAUGCAGCCCACACAGACAAUACAACCACCUCAGCCCACCGGUGGUCGCCGAAGGAGAGUGGUGGACGAAGACCCCGACGAGAGGCGGCGAAAAUUUCUGGAACGAAACCGAGCAGCUGCCACACGCUGCAGACAGAAGAGGAAGGUCUGGGUGAUGUCACUGGAAAAGAAAGCAGAAGAACUCACCCAAACAAACAUGCAACUUCAGAAUGAAGUUUCCAUGUUGAAAAAUGAAGUAGCACAGCUGAAACAGUUGUUGUUAACACAUAAAGACUGUCCCAUAACAGCCAUGCAGAAAGAGUCGCAAGGCUACCUAAGUCCAGAAAGUAGUCCACCUGCCAGUCCCGCCCCUCCCUGCUCCCAGCAACAAGUCAUCCAGCAUAACACCAUUACGACUUCCUCUACAGUCAGCGAUGUCGUAGGCAGCUCUGCUCUCAACCAGCUUGCAAGUCACAGAACAGAUCUGAAUCCAAUCCUUUAAAGCCCAUUAGAGAGGAACUGCAAUGGGGGAAAAAGUGAUAGCAGAUCAGAUUUCCUUUCUGUUCAAAGCAGUGUUGUUUUUUCAAAGAUAUCUCAGAACUAAGAGACUCUUCAACCCCUAGAAAGACUAUGAGCUCCAUUUUUAUAGUUAUUAAAAUGUCUUUUAUACUUAGUAAUAAUAAAGGGAGUUAUGCAAUGACUAUGCUAUCAGCUUGGGAGAUACUUUGGUGCUUUCUCCAAUUUCCCGGUACCAGCUGUUUGUUCGUUUGUCCGUCUGUUUGAUUGUUUGUUUUUAACCAAAAUCUUCCUGUACAUAGUCAUGUUCCUUCCUGUUUUUGCAGGCUGACCCAAGGGAAACACAUUAUACCACUGAAAUGAGGCAUAAGAAAUCUUAAACUGACAUACACAGGCAACUGGGCAUAAUGGGGCUAUAAACACAUGGAGGAAGUUUGGUUGAUAUCAUAAGUACGGUAUAUUUGUUUUGCAAAAGCACCAAGGCCUCAAAUACAUUUAUAGCCUUAUGUACCAAUUUUGAAAAAUGUAUCCACGUUCUACACAACUAUUAGCUGGAUAGAGAAGGUUAUGGCAGAAAGUUCCAUUGGUCUAGUUCUCCAUAUUUUCCCCCUUUGUCCAAACUGUUUAUCUUUGCAAUUCUGCAUUUGUAAAGUUUUACUUGGAUAUGUUGUUGCAUGAGUUUAAAUUCUUGAGAAUUCUCUUCCCCCCCCCCUCUCUCCUCCCCCUCUCUCUUUCUGAUAUUUUGGUAAAGCAGAUUUCCUUACCCAGUUUAGUUAAAAGGAAAACAUUUGAAAUUAUUACAGCUAGUAGGCGUAGUGCUGCAGAUGAUAGAAAUUUUGUGGUUGCAAGGUCAUUUGUUAUUCUCUAACAGAGCCCGGAAAAGUUAUUGUUUUUGGACUAGAACUUCCAGAUACACUAGCCAUAUUGGCUAGAGAAUUCUGGAAAUUGUAUCCCAAAAGUAACUUUUCCAAGCUCUGCUCUCUAUCUACAGUCCUUUCACUUCCCUUCAGUUCCUAAUACUUCUUUUUUGCUUACUCCCGUGAUGUAUACAUGGAACAUUCAUUUUAAAUAUGCAAUAUGCAGACUUUUAGUAGUACAUGGUGUUUUGAACUUCUGUGGAGUUUCUGGUGUCUUUGAUGUGUGAUCCAAGCGCUUCCUUCUGCCUCCUUUGCACAGCAUAUUUGUCUCUUUCCUCUGAAAUAUCUUGUUUGUCCUUCAUAUAAAAACUCCUCUAAUUUCUAGGUGUUUGCACAAUAUCUGUUAGCUUUCAAGAAACACUAAAGUUGAAGGAAAGCCUCCAGGCUCCCCGGCCAUUUGCUCUGAAACAGCUGACUUGGCCAUGGUUUUCAAUAGCCAUGUAUUUACACCUGUGCUGAAUUUUUAAUUUUUCCACUAAAAGUUUUUUAAAAAAAAUGUUUUUACUGAUCCUGAGUUAAUAGAUUUUUUUAAUAAAUAGUAAGAGUUAAAAGCAGUUUAACCGCAGGUGAAGCCUGUCCUUAAGCCAAGGAGGUCAGGAAGAGAAAGCCUUAUAAGAUUAUUAUUUUUUUGUUGUAAAAAAUUAAAACUCAGUGGCAUAGGAGAAAGGUCAGUCUCAUUAUAUCCACACUGUAGUGGCUUUAUUUUGCAUUGUCAGUCAGUAAAGAAGAGAGUCGCUAGAGAGUCUUAUUGCACCAAACAAUAAAUUAAGCAGCUUGCUACAAUUUGUAAGGCUUAAUUUAUUGUUUGCUGUAAUCAGACACUCCUGGAGGAAAAUGUCAUUAAAAUGAAAAGUAUUAUUUAUCUACAUUUAAAAAUUAUAUACAACUAAACCUCAACAACUAUAUGAUCAGAUAUACUCUGCAGCUAGUGAUUUGUCGUCAUACUGUACAUCCAAAAAAUUUUUAGAGCCUAACUUCUUUAUUCUCAGAAUAAUGAAAUUGGCCAACUCAUGCUAAACAUAAUGGGAUUACUGCAAAUAGCAGCAAACUAUGUUCUGGGACAUGAAAAUACAAACUCACAUAGGAUCAUCUUGGUGAUGGUUGGUAUCUCUUUUGUCAAGAGUGCAAGAAAUCUACUGUUUUUUAGUACAUGUUCAACUAAUUAUCCAAGGCACUAAGUCUACUUGGGGCCUAUACUUUGGAUAGUUCCUUUAAGGUCUGAAAUAAAACCAUGAGUAAAUUAUAUCAGAGCCAUCAGCCACUAUUGAAAUGCCCCUGUUUUCUCUGUGUUAUUUUAGGUGUAGAACAUAUGGUAAGGAGUAGCUUCUAGGCUUCAAACAAUCCAAGUCUUUUCCCCCCAUUCUUACAAUGGGAAUUUCCCCUCCAUUUCACAACUCUACUUGAUAGUCACAUGAGAAAGAUCAGAUAGUGGUUUCUCAACCUGUGGGUCCCCAGAUGUUUUGUCCUUCAACUCUCAGAAAUCCUAAUAGCUGGUAAACACCUAGCGACCCACAGGUUGAGAACCACUGAGAUAGAACAUGCCACUUUCUCUGUUAAACAUUAACUCGAGUAUUCUGUGUGCUACAGUUAAACACUGAUUCACCUACAGUCCUUUCUUGCUCUUUUGUCAUUGAUGAUAUUAAAAGAGCAAUUAAAAUGGUCCCAAUGUGAUCUCUUUCACAUUGCACUUACAAUUUUCAGAAUGAGUUGCAUGCAAGUGACACUGGAUUAUAACUACCGUAUUGAUCUUGGGUGUCGUGGUAUUUUUCUAUCUCAUUGUAUAAAACUGGACUUCAUGUUUGUUUGGUCCCAGGCACUUCCAGUUGCAAUAUAGAUAUCCCAAAGGGCUACACUGCAAUGCAAAAAUGUCUAUUUUUGUUUUGCGUUCCCCCCGCCCCCUUGCAAGCCAUAUCCAUAUUGUGAAACCCAGGGAAGAUUAAUAGUGUAUAGCCUCCUUCAUUAUAACACUUGUGAACAUUUACACUUUGCUUACCCAUAUCAUUUAAGUAUACAACCCCUUAUUGUGGUGAAAAAUGAACAGCAGUCAUCCAAACUGUCAUUUGCUUUUAACUCUUCUUUUCAUUAACAAGCUAACUGUGUCUGUCAAAAGACCUUCUUUGGAGGGAAUUUAUAUUUUUAACACAAAAAAUAUUUUGAGUGUUUGUGUGUGUGUGUGUGUAUACAUGCGUGCAUGGGUUCAUGUGAGUGUGCAUUUUAUAAAGAAAAGCCUUUUAGUUAGACUCUGCUUCUUAGCCAACAAGACAUUUUUCUACAAAAAAAGAUAAGAAAAGCAGGAAAAAAGAUAUAUAAUGGAUUUACGGAAAUUCAUGAGGACCAAAGUAAAACUUAAAACACAACAGGAAUUAAUUUAGGUGUUCACAUAGAAUUUUAUAAAGUAUUUAUUACUAAAUGUUAUUUUUAACAUUCCAUUUAGGCAGCAUUCUUAUAGGGAAUCUGUAUUUUUCUUAGUUACGCUGGGGUUAAUCCACACAGAGAUGGGCUCCUGAACAACUUGAUUUGUGAGCUUUAGCCUCAUGUACGUUUCACUGAAAUGAAACCAGAAGUUGGCAGUUUUACGUCUGGUUGGAUUGCCCCAUUAGUUUUGCAAUGCACAACUCUCAGUGUAUGUAUAUGUAAAUAUAUAUAAUAAAUAUAUAUAUAUAUUAAAAUAUAUAGAUAGAUCUCCAUAGAUCCCAAGCAAGAAUUAUCCAUCCUAGAUGGAACACUUGCAGAGGUCUACUACCUGGAAAUGUCCAGAAUUCAGUAUUUUCUUUAAAGCAGCAUCUGCUUUUUGUAAAAAAAAAUAAAACAAAAAACAAAAAUGUACAAUUAUACAGUUAUUUCAUUUUUGUUGAAGAUGUGCAAAGGCCUGCUAAAGGGAAAUAACCCAUAUAUAACUGGAACGCUGCCUUUAUGAACAAGCUCCUUGCAAGCAACUCCAACAAGGAUCCUGUUCAAUGCUUACUUCUUUUCUAAUAUCUUGUGUGAGUUGCACUAAAACUGCCUUCUCAGUUCUUCUUGGGUCCCUUACUAAAAAGUGUCCGUUAACUUAAAAAAAAACAUGGAAGUUUGACUAUAUAUCCAGUAAAGUUAUCUGUCAUGCCGCUGAGGUGAUGGGGAAGGGAAGUAAAAAAUUGUAAUUUGUGAAAGUGUUAAAAUAGGACUUCGACAACGGACCCUAUUGCAGCCAUUCAGCAUCUUACUGCAUUUCAAUUAUUUAUGUUAUUUGAAAAUUGCACUUUAGCAGUCUCUCCUGUUUUCCCUUCCCUUGUAAAAUGUCAGCCAGUGAGUUCAUUAGAUGCUUUGACUGGUGAUGAAGUUCCUCUUGUUCCUUGCAACAAGUCUAAAGGAGAGCUGCUCAGAGAAGGGGAAUAGGAAAAAGCCAAUCAGUAGUAUGAUUUUAAACCACAUGCCCUCCUUUUUCUAAUCCUAAGAUUAUUAUUUUUUAAGAGAACCCUUUCUCAAAAAAUCUUGAAAAAUGAAACUUUAUUAAAUGCUAAGAAUUCUCCAAUCAAGGUCCACAGGCCUAUUCCCAGAUCUCUGAUUUCUCUAUGCCUGAAAAACCACAUAAAAUCUAUCAUGUUUAUAUAUAUAUCCGUUAUGCCGGGGGGGGGGGGGGGGAUAUAGCUAUCUGGAGUAAAAUAACAACAUUUCCCAAAUAAGAAUUCUUCCUUUUGUAAUGAAAUUUUCAUUUCACAUUUUGAACUCUCCUUGCUGUGUUUGCAGACCUUUGGUAACUUUUCCUGCCACUUACCUUUGGAUGCCAAAAUUGUUUUUCCAAAUGUUUAACGGAAGUUUUAAGUUACUGCACUAUACGUUGAGCAACCCUUAUUCUGCAAUCCAAAAUACUCUUUAACACUUUGCUUUCUGGUUCAUCCACAAACUUCAUUUCAUACACAAAAUCAUUAAAAGCUAUUGUGUAUAAAAUAAGUUUCAGGUCGUGUGUAUACGAUGUACAUUAAACAUAAUUGAGUUUUGUGUUUAGACUUGGGCACCAGCUCCAAGAUAUGCAUAUAUGCAAAUACAAGUAUUCUCAAAUCUGAAAAAAAAAUCAAACCCUUUCUGGUCCAAGCACUUCAAAAAAGGGAUGUUCAACCUAUAUAAUUAGGGCACAGAAUUCUUAUUGGGUGGUAACAUUCUUCUUUUGCACCCUAUAGCUAAACCUCUGCAUUUUGUCAUGCCAUAGGAGAAAAUAAUGUCUCAUAGCUAUUUGGGUGUUUAAAAAAUUAUUGUCCAGAUAUUCAUUUUUAAUUCCAAGCCCAUACACUCUACAAGCCAGCACAUACUUGUUUCAAAAUAAAUCCACACCAAAGCAGGUUGGGCUUCAAAUUCAGCCUACAUAACAUUGUGCUUUAAUAUCUUGUUGCCUUGCAAAUUACAGCAUCUUUUUAUUUUAAAAUAGUAACAAUCUUAUAAGGACAGUCAUAUCUGAAGCAAUACAAUGUGAGAGGGUUUUUUAAAAGUCUAGUCCAAUGAAAAGGGUUUUUUUUAACCCCUGUACUAUUUUGCUUGUCUUCUUUGUGAGCAUUGCCUUGGUGGUAAAGUUGUUCACCAAGGUUAAUGUUUUCUAUUCUGAGGGCUACUUCAGCUGCUUAGCCUCAUCCCCUAAGUAACCUGCCAUUCUGACAAGAGUUAUCAGAAGCAAUAUUCUUUUCUGCAGGAGUCUGGAUCCAAUUUUUGUCAUAGGUAUAGCAGAGCCAUUUAAAUCAGUAGGACUUGAGUUUCUUGAAGACUCGUCACAUUGAUUUGAGUAGGACUAGGGGCUCAUCCACACUGCAGAAUUAUAGUGCUACUAUAACAGUUCAGGGAGAGACAUAUAGAAGUUCCUAGCCAGCAUCCAUCAGUGCCUCACUAACCUACAAACCCCAGGAUUCUGUAGGAUGGAACUUAACAUGGAAUAAUAAUGCUAUAGUUGUGUGGUGUGAAUGGCUUCCUAAGCUAGGGACAAUGUGACCUCCUCUCACCUUUACUGUACAGUCUAGAGCAGAUGGGAAUUGCUGUCAAUAUCUGGAAGGCCUCGUGUUCCCCACCCAUCAUCUGUCAAAAGUAUGAAUAUCUAUGUUGUGCAAAAACUACUUCUGACAUUUUAGUGUCCCUGUAAACUAUGUACAGGGUGGAGGGAAAGGGUGUCAAUCCAAACUGUUCGCUUUGCUCUGUGAUAUGAAUUCUCUUGAGCAGAAAUCUGCUUUCGUUCCAAGUUUUCUUUGGAUAACAAAUGAGCAUCAAGACUGUUUAUACCAAAAAAUAUAUAUGUAUAAUCUGGAAUACACCAUUUGUAUGUUCUUGUUUGAGAGAAACAAACAUUUCACAUAAUUUUUCAAGCUCUCUUUGAGAGGAUUGUUUUGUUACUCCUGUGCCAAAUGGCAGUUCCUAAAUGUUGCUUCUCAAGUCCACAAAGGCUGCAGGUUUUUUCUUUGUAGUUGUAAAAGUGUAUGUGGAAGGAGACCUAAAGAAGGAAGAGGGGAGAAAAAUUCCUUUCUGAUGGUCUCUAAAAGUCAUUUUUAAAUAUGAUACAAACAAAAAUAAAGGCUUAUUAUGGAUUCUCGUUUAGUGCCUCUCACCAUUGAAUCAAUAGCUUUGAACAAUAUUGCUCUUUUCCCCCAUCCAACACCUUGUUUUACAAACCAAAAAUGUCAGCUUCACAGGUAUUGACUUUUAAAAGAGGAAAAUAAAAGACAAAAAUGGGGAAAGUUGGUCUUUUAUAACAAUAAAUCCCAGAAACCCAACUGGUGCAUGCUGGGAAGUUUAGUUUAUAAAAGUGAUUCUUUCCAAGAGGAAAUUUGUAGAAUACCUCAUUAAAAUUGAUCUAUUUGUCACCUUGGAAAUGUUAUUCAAAGCAGACUUUUCAUCAUAGCUGUGAGAAUGUGAUGAGACAUUUUAUAUUUGGAGAAUCCCACAAACUAUUUAAACUGUCCUUGAUUUGGUCCUGCCAUCAAAAGCAAUUCAAUGUGACUAAAGGAAUCCAAGCGAUAUAAAUAAUAUUUUCUAUUUUCUCUGGAGACUUGUUUUAUUUCUUCGUCGUCACCAUUGUCACCCCCACCUUUCCAAAUUAUUCCAUUUUAAUGUCUGGCUAAUCAAUGCAAGUUGGUUCUAUAAAAUAUUAUUACUCGACUGUAUUGAUUUUUAAAGGAAUACUUAGCAUUAAGAAGAGUAAACACUAUGGCAUUUUGCAGGGGGAUUAAAGAGGUUGCAAAGGUUGUUUGCAUUCUAUGCAAAAAAAAUGUUUGUUUUGUUCUGUUUUUAAAAAACUCAACAACCACCUCCCUGUCUGGGAGGAGAACAACAAAAUUGGUACAUACCUGUAAAUAUGUGCUGCUGCUGUUGCUUUUACUAUGUUUAAUUUUAUGUUACGCUUCUUUUUGUUGCAUUGUGAACACAUUUAUUACUCAUGGACAAUGAGCUCAUUGAGAUUGUACAACUCAACCCGACUUCUACAUCUCUUUCUAACUUGGAGAGAUUUUGUGCAUUUGUACAAAUGUUAAUAUCACUGCAAUUCCAGUAUAAUAAAGCACUCGAAUGCAAUUAAA